CGAAACGACUACAAAUUAUUACACACACAUAGUGAUCUAAUUAUUUUCUAAUUGACAUUUCACUCGGUAUAAAUAAAACACAAAAUGUCGAAUGCAGCCGUGCCAAUGUGGCUGCCAAUAUUGGCUGGCUAACCACCAACUGCGGCGUAGUUGAUUAAAAAUAAACUCCCCCAAUUCCUUCACCCGCUAGGUUUAUCAUAAUUAAGUGUUCAACAAUGAGUACCGUGCCGAAACGACCCAAUGUGAAGUUGGCCAAACUUUGGUACAAAUAUAGAACGGAACCUCAAGAAGGACAGAAGAAAGAAGAGCCCGAACAUGAAAUUGUUCAAGAGAAAAAGGAUUAUGAAUCGUAUCCACCAUACAACUUCUCCUGGUUCAUUGACAAAAAAAUAGCGGCAAUGGGCUGUCCACAGACUGUCGAAAACCUCAACUAUCUUGUUGACGUCGGGGUCAAUCACCUCAUAACGCUGUCACCAGAGAGAAUCCCGCCAAUUUUGGAAUGCGAGAAAAAGUUGAAAUGGUCAGAGAUCAGGAUCAAGGAGUUCGGAGUGCCGACUUUAAAACAGAUUUUGAAGUUCAUUGAGAUAUGUGAGAGGGCAGAGAUGAGAAGAGAGGUUAUAGGAAUCCACUGCAGACAAGGGCGAGGAAGAACUGGCACCAUGUUAGCCUGCUACUUAGUGCACUUCCAAGAUAUGGCUCCAGAGAGGGCAGUGCUCACCGUCAGGGUGAAAAGACCAGGUUCCUGCGAAACAUACGAACAAGAAAAAGCAGUCUGUCACUACCACGACUGUCUACGAGGCACAAUCGAGAAACCAGACUAUCGACUAGUCGAGGACAAAGUAUACUUCGACUUCUCCAUGAAGUACAUGUACACAGACGAAGAUUUCCGCAAAAAAGAAAAAAAACAGGAUGACGUCACAGAAAUCCAAGAUGGCGACCACAAAAUUGUCAAACUCGGCGACCCCAAGGAAGAGAAACAUGUAAAAAUAAAAUUACCGAAGAAAAAAUCAAAUGCAAUGGUAAUCAAUCACAAGAUUUAUUUUUAAAUUUUAUAUUUACAGUUAGCUGUUUUUGUAUUUAUACGAGAAUAAAAUUAUUAUUAUUCAGUUUUAGUUUAGUUUACUUUUAAAUUAGUAUUCUUUUAUUCAUAAAUACAAUUUCCACAUACUCUUUGUUAUACAAAAACAUACUAGAUCAACAAGGCAGUAUGUUGUACAUAAAUGCAAUGUUAGAUAAAAAAAAAUUUCACAU